ACCAUACUAAUGUUAACAUUACUACUUACUUAGUACUUACUGCUUAGUGCUUAAUAUUCCUUAAAUUAAAUCCUUAUAGUUACUAUGAAUAACAUCAAAAAAUUCAUUGAAUUGACUCGGAAUUGAAUUUUAGUAAUUUUUUUUUUAUUAUCGUAAUGUAGUUGUACAUUAGUAAUCUGUACAAUUCAAUAUGGUUGAUCUAAUUAUGUUGGAAAAUUUUUCAUUGUUGAUUCCAAGUAAAGAUUUUAAAUCUUGGAAAGGACAUAUAUUGUUAAAUGUGCAUAGUAUUUACAUAGAGAUAUCUUGCCCUAAUAUGCCGUUACUUGACAAUUUAAAAAUUAAAAUCCCAGAAUUUCAAGCAUUUGAUUUUUAUCAAUUUGAUUUGAAUGAACAAGUAGAAAUAAUUAAACAGAAAACUCAUUCAUUCCCAGAGUUUUUAAAGGAAUUAAUUCCUAUUUUGGCAAAAGUUUUCAAAGAAGAUACUUCCACACACUUGCAGAACUUAAGCAAUGUUGAUGAAAAGUUUUAUUCUUUGAUUCAAGAAGUCAAUUUACAUGGUCAAUAUGUGCAUAAAAUUGAUCAAAAUCUAAAACACAUAACAUUUAAUGUUUUAGACAUGUGUAAGCACAAUCAUUUUAUAAAAAUUUUUAUACCUGAUGAAUAUCCCAUGGUUAAAAAACAACCAUUAUGUUUUGAAACUUUGGUCCCAUCAGUUAGUUUGAACUUAUUUUUAAAGAUAAACACUAUUACAAACCUAUUUGAAAUGUUUAAAAAUGUUAUAAAUGAAUUAAAUAAUUUUUGGAAUGUGUACAACGAAAUUAUUACAACCUGUAAUACUAUAGGAUCUUAUACUUUUAAAGAUGUUAACUAUAAAAUACCUAUUGAUAGUCAUGUUUAUGUUGAAGUAGAAGUUGAUCCAUUAAAUCCGUUGAACUGUCCUAAAUUUAAUCUCCAUGGUCUUCCAGCUUCUAUUGAGAAGUUUCAAGAAAGAUUAAAUGAAAUCAAUCCGUGUUUGAUUUGGAGUACUGAAAACAGUUUUAAAGAAAAUAUUCUGAAUGUAUUUCAAGUUACUACUCUUCAGUUACAAUAUGAAGAAGAAAACCCAGAACAUUAUAUUGCAAAUCAAAAUGAUUUAAAUUGUUGUUGUAUAUGUUAUGAUCAAUUGGAUACAGCUAUCAAAAAACAAACCAAAUUGUGUAUUAAUGAAAAAUGUGAUGCACUGUAUCAUAUGUCAUGUAUUUGUGAGUGGUUAUUAAAUUCUGGUAGUACACCAAUGUUUGAACACUUGCAAGGAAAAUGUCCUCAAUGUGAAGAAGACAUGCUGGUAGCUUUGGAAAAUUUUGAUUUGAUUAAGACUUGAAUUCAUCCUACUCUAUGUUUUGAUAUAUUUUGAGAAAAGUAUUAAAAAGUUUUAAGUACUUUAAUCAAUAUUGAAAAACACGUAAUUUGGUAAUAGCAAACUAAGUUAAUUUAUUUAAGAAUGUAUAAAAUGCAUGUAAUAUUUUAAAAUAAAUUUUAUACUUUUCAA